AGUAUGUUUUAAUCACAAACACAGAUAUCUGCUAAAUAAUAUAUUAACAAAAUAUAGUCCAUUUAAGUUGGUUUUAUAAGUGACACAUUUGAAUUAUUGAAUAAUGAAACGAGUGAAAAAUUAUAAACUAUACUGUAAAACUUAAAGAUAAAAUGAUUUACUUUGAAAUAGUGAGCUAAAAUACGUUAGCUCUUUUUAAUUUUUUUCCGACAACUCUCUCGUUAGAACUCAUCUCUAGUGUAAAACAAUCUUCUUUAAAGAACAAUCAACAAAUAACUCAAGUUUCCUAAAAUAGAUAAAAUUGAUAUAAUUAUCGUUAUAAUGAAAUGAAACAAUGAAAAAAAAAACUAUUACAAUUCGUGUAAGUUAAAAUAAAAAUCUUAAGAUGCAGUGUAGUGUGCAAAAUUGUACGAAUAAUCCGAAACUAACAAGAAAAAGCCGUGGAAUUACAUUUCACGUGUUUCCAAAGGAGCCAAGUUUGCGCACUAAAUGGAUAGAAGCCAUCGGAAAGACAGAUUGGGAGCCAAAAUACCACAGUACAGUGUGCUCUGAACACUUUCAGCCUGAGGACUUUUGUAAAACAAAAUGUGGACUAAGAAAAAUCAAGAAUGGAGCCAUACCAGUUCUUGAACAGGAUUCUAAUGCAGAUUUAAAUUCAUCAGCAAUACUAAAGGUGUGUAGGAUAUGUCUAGCUACGGACAGAAAGCUGUACCAUAUAGCAGAUUACAAAUUAGAUCUGCCAUAUCAAGAAAUAACUGGAUUGUCGCCGAGUGAGGAUGACAAUUUGCCGCAGAAGUUGUGUUGGGAGUGCACACACAGACUUGUGUCGUGUCACAGGUUUAGGAACAAGGCAAUAAUGAGCCAGAGACUGAUGACAGAUUUAUUAUCAACUGAGACACAUUUAACAGUUAGAUGUAUAAAAUCAAUACAAAAAGAACUUGGAAUUAAUUCAUCUUUAAUAAAAAAAUCAUAUCUGGAACCUGAAUAUUGUGAUAUACAUGUGAAAGAAGAAGUCAUAGAACAAACAGAUGAAGAAAAUGAUAAUAUAGAGGAAACUAUAACAAUUAAAGAAGAAAUAAAUAGUGACGAGGAAUUUCUUGAACUAAACGAAAGUAUCAACAAUCAAGAAUCAAUAGAAAACGAGAACAAGAAAGCUAUUGAUUUGAGAAAGGAUACGAAAUGUGUCCAAUUUGAUGUUGGUAAUGAAGAGCAAGAAGAGAAAGUAUACGAAGUUAAUAUAUCAAUAAUGGAACCUGAAGUAAAAAUAGACGAGGAUGAAACAUCAGGAAGCGACUCUGAGAGUGAAAAUGAUGUCAAGGAUGAAGAAUAUUUGAUAAUACGAAAAGACAUUAAAAAGAAUAUAUCUAUAAAAAAUAAAACACAGACGCAAGUGAAUAGUAAAAAUCAAGACGAUGCAAAAACUAAUAAAGACGGGAAUAAAAUUAUCAAGAGAAGGACAAUGAAACGAAAAAAUCGACCGAAGUAUGAAUUAGUUGACACACACUUUACAGUCACUAAUUUGACAUUCGAGGAACAGAUUGCAGAGAUAUCGAAACGGAAAGACACUUUUACAUAUAAAACCGCGCCUUUUAAAUGUGACAUAUGUUAUAUUGGAUUUAACCAUCAAUAUAGAUGUGAUAUACACAAAAUGAAACAUAGUAAGGAAAGGGGGGAUUACGAAUGUCCUGUUUGUAAAACUCGGAUGAUGACAAAAAAAUCGCAAAAAAUCCACAUAAACAGACUUCAUACUGAAAAAAUGGCUUGUAAGAGAUGUGAUUUUGUCACCAAACAUAGAGAUGUCGCCUUAAGACAUUUAGAAUGGCACAACGGCGCUACCUACAAAUGUCCGCAUUGUCCCUCGCAGUUUGCGAAAAGGAGUUCUUACUUCAGUCAUCUCAGACUCAAACACGUAUCAGAUUUUGUAUGUGAACUUUGUGGGUAUACAUUUAUAAGUGAACAAGGCGUAGAAAGUCAUAAGAAAAGAAAACACAGUAAUCACAAGUCGUGUCUGGAGGGUCCGUACUGCGAAGUGUGCGAAGUCAGUUUCGCUUCACAAACUGCUUACGACACACAUCUCAAAGUCUCCUCCAAACACAGCACUGAUGAUGUUUUGAAUAAAAUUCGUAAUGAUUAUGUUGGUAUGGAUAAACCUAUGGAGAUUGUAGGGAGGGGCAAAGGGCGGCCCUUUGCCACGAAGGUUAGCAAACCGGAGCCCAAACUUAUCGAAUGUGAACAGUGCGGUGUUCAACUGCGAGGUAUAUUUGAAUAUAAGUGUCACUUCACCGAAACGCACCCCGGAGAGCACCGCACUCAGUACCCUGAGGUAAACGGCACCAAUCGUAUGUGCGACCAAUGCGGGAAGAUAUUCCCAUCUAAACUAGCACUGUUAGACCACAUGUGGAUACAUACAGGAGAGAAGCGAUUUAAAUGUUCACUUUGCGAUAAAAGUUUUUCUCGCCAUUUUGGUCUGAAAGUGCAUGAGAAGUAUCACGGCGAGCAGCGUCCUGUCUACGGAUGCAAGAUCUGUGGUAAAGAGUUCUCCUUUCCUUCAAAUCGCAAACGACAUAUGAUUGUCCACAGUGAAACCAAACCAUACAAAUGCGACGCGUGUGAGAAAACAUUCAAAACGAAUGCAGAGAAACGUAUGCAUCAUGAUCACGUACAUCUUAAGAAGCCAUGGCCAAGACGAUCACGUGGCCUUCAGGUUAAAGCGGAGCACAAGAAGAAGCCCUAGUCCGGCAAAGGGCGGCCCUAAUACGGCAAAAGGCGGCCCUAGUUCGGCAAAGGGCAGCCCUAGUACAAAGGGCGGCCCUAUACGGCAAAGGGCAGCCCUAGUACAAAGGGUGGCCCUAGUACGGCAAGGGGCAUCCCUAGUACGACUAGGGAUAGCUCUAGUACUGCAGUAUCCAUUAAAAUAUAUAU